UUACUAUGUUUAUCAUAUGGCUGUGUUAUUUGUUGGACCUCAGCUAGUUAUAUUUACCUGAAAGAAGAUUCGAAUGAAUUUGAAACCGGGGUACUGACAAAGGAACAACUAGGUUUGAUUACUGCCGCACUUUCUCCUGGUUCGCUUGUUGGCGCCUUUUUCUUUGGGUGGCUGGCUGAUAAAAUCGGAAGAAGACGCUGUCUGCUGUUAACUGCAUUGCCAAUGCUGGCACACUGGUUAAUUAUUUGCUUUGCCAGAAAUCCAUGGCAAUUGGCUGUGGCACGUUUUCUUGGAGGAACUAUCGGCGGAAGUUCCUACACCGUGAUUUCCAUUUACAUUACUGAGAUAGCCCAGGACAGUCUGCGCAGCACACUGGGCAUGAUUACAUCUCUAGCUCUGGCCUCCGGAUAUUUACUUAUUAAUACCUUGGGUUAUUUUCUUCAUUACAUCACUGUGGCUUGGAUCAUGACAAUCAUUCCUUUGGCUUUUCUUUUUUGCUUUUCCUUUAAUCGCGAAUCUCCAUACUAUUUGGCUCAGCACAGUAAGGAAAAAGCAGAGCGUUCACUCAGAUACUAUCGUGGUAUAUCUUUAUCUGGCGAUGUCAAUGAUGAGUUCCAGCAAGAGAUGAGCAGAUUGGGCCAAUCUAACGAUAAGAAACUAGGAAAAUCUCAGCUCUAUUUACACGAUUUCACUAAUCGCAAGGCGCGCAAGGCUUACUUAAUUGGAUUGGGUUUAAUACUGACGAAUCAAUUUAAUGGUUGCCUAACGAUGCAAAACUAUAUGACAUUCAUUUUUGCGGAAGCUGGCUCCAAUUUACCGCCAAUGCUUUCUGCCAUUAUAGUCAGCGCCAUCAUAUUAAUAUUUCCGCAACUCAGUGAAGCUCUUGGCAUGCCCGUCAUGUUCUUCAUAUUUGCCGGACUUUCCCUUAUUUUCACUUUGUUUAUUGCAAUCUUUGUUCCAGAAACAAAAGGAAAAUCUAUUCAAGCUAUUCAGGAUAGCUUGUAA